AUGCCCACCAUGUUUUCAGCUCCAGAGAAUUCAAGUCAUUUUGAUGCGCCUCAUUUACCUCAGCAUUAUGAUGGCUCUGCUAUGUUCUAUGGGAUUCGCCUUCAUCAUCCACUCCCCAGUCUUGAUAUAGCUGUUGCUCCUCGAUCCAACAUUUAUGAUCCUUACUCGACCCCUUCAUCUGGAUACAGAGGGUUCCCUGUUUCUAUGAAUCAUGGACCAUCUGGUCAGUUGCCAUCUUCCAGCAAUCACGGAGUCAUUGGAGUUUCUACAUAUGAACGAAAGAAUGCUCAAGGCAUCCUGGGGAAUUUUCAGUAUUUUAAUGGCUUUGCAAGCUCUAGUUCUUCGGCUCCCCCUUUCAAUACAUGGCAUCUUGAAUCCGGGAUUCCCGUGAUGGAUUCUGCAUCUUUGGCCUUUGCCCAGCCGCAGUACAGAGGGAAUAAUGCUCCUUCAAUCAUGGAAGUAGGAUCUCACAGAAGUGUGAGGAACAGAUCAGGGGGUGUUGGGCAGGAUUCUGUUCUGGCACAUAAUCAUUACCAUUUGGUGCAAGGAAACUAUAUUGGCCAUCCUUUUCAGCCUUCUGGCAAUCCCUGGGUUGACCAACAAUCAGGCAAUAAUGGUAGUGGUGGGGGAACUUUGGCCUGGAAUCAUGGACCUGCUUUACCUUAUUUGCAUGGGAGCAAUAUCAGUGGAGGUUCUAGAGAGGCUCGGAAUGUGGGUAUACAGGGAUACCAUGAUACAUCUAGUGCCAGAAGUUCCACAGAUUACCUUCAACCUCCUGUCCUUCACCGGCACCAUAAUCUUCAUUAUCCACCACCACAACCUAUGCAAGGAGCAAGAAGACAUUUCCUCCCUCAAGUGGUGGCAUCUUCGUAUAGACUUGCCACGAUUAGUUCACGUAGUCCUGUGCCUCCUCAGGUUGGUGUCGAGGCAGGGCACAGGCAUCCAGGACCUGUUCCACCUACUUGGAUCAGGAUAGAUCGAUCUCAUCGAGGGGGAGUCGCACCUGAGGCAACAUCGAGACAUGGUAAUCUGCCUUACUUGAGAACGCUCCCAGAAGAAGAAGUUGCCAUACUAGAUCUUUCAGCAUCUUAUCAAGUAGGGGAAGUAAGCACAGGGCUUUCAGAGGAAUCCAUUACAAAUUGUCUAAAAACUAGAACUUAUAUAUCUUCAACUUGUCUGAAUCUGGAAGAGGGUGCAAGUAUGGAUCAGGAAAAGGAUUCUUGCAUUAUAUGCCAGGAGGAGUAUGAGAAUGAAGAGAAGAUUGGAUUUCUUGAUUGUGGGCAUGAGUACCAUGCAGAUUGCUUGAAGAAGUGGGUGCUGGUGAAGAAUGUGUGCCCCCUCUGCAGAGCCCCAGCAAUGACCCCAAAAAAGAAGGAUGUAUAGAGGAGCGACGAUGGUUGAAAGCUUAUUCAGUAACUUGGCUUGAUGUGAAAUACACCAUGUAGUGUUGUAAUGUUGACUUCAAUAUCUUGUGCUUUACCUUCAGAUUGUUUGGACUGUGCCAACCAAUAAAUGUUGAUGCAAUUUAAGAUUAGUAUACAGCCUUUAUGGGUUGAUGAAUCUGUGUAUUUUGUUCAUGCUGAGAUUCUCUUUUUAUUGUCACUUCCUGUUAAUGAUAACGUCGGUUACAUGGUGCCUUUAAUGGCAUCUUCAUAUCCCCUUUAAUGCUUAAGUUUGUUACAAUGAUUAAGACAUGGUUUUUAUGGUUUUAUGGUUCGUCUAUUUAAUAAUUAAAUAUAGAGUCCGAUCUUGAUGUUCAAUCCUCUAGACAUGCGAAGAAGAACGCUUCUCACUCCUCCUCUGCUCCACCUCUCUGCUCUUCAUCUCUCUCCUCUGCCUCGCCUCUCUCUUCAAAUCCUCUGUUUCUCCUCAAAACCACCAAAACCUCCCAUUCAAACGUAGUGAUUCCUCUGGAACUCCGAUCUUGGUUCAGCGUGCGAUUAUUCAGAUGGGAUGUGGAUCUAUGAUCCCGGUGUGAGAUCUGCGCCGUAUGAUCAUAAGGAGAUUUUCAAGGGAUGGAAUUGCAUUGCCAGUAAUAAAUCCAAUGGUUUGGAUAUUAUCAAGUGGCGUUGGAAGCCCAAAGGCUGUGAUCUUCCUCGGUUUGAUCCGGUUCGGUUUUUGGAGCGGUUCAGGAACACCAACGAUGGUGGUCUGCUGAUGCUAAUGGUGGCACAUUAGAAUCUCUUGGAUAUUGAUGUCGAUAUCCCAGAUGGUACAUGGGCAGAGGCUCCAAGCUUCCAUGAUAUCCUUAUCUUUAACACAGGACACUGGUAAUGUUGUUUUCCCCUUGAAACACCAUAUGCUGUAGUUUACAUUAACAACUUAGGCUAGAUUUUUAGACACCUGAUCCAAAUACUCAUUAUCAAGCAGUUGCAGAAUGUGGAGAUUGUUUUGCAACCAUAAUUCUGUAAACUAGCAUUUAAACAUUCUGAAAAUUCUCUUUCAUUAAGAUACUGUUUUUACAUUUGCACAA